AUGGAAAGACACGUUACUCUUAUCAGGAAUGACGAAGACGAGCCCUGGCAAGCAGUCACGUGUAAUCAGUACGUGAACUUCAGCGAGGCGAGCAACGAAACAAUAAAGUGUCAGGAUGGCUACUGGUACGAUGAUACCUAUGGACACACCAUCGUCAUGGAGUGGGACAUCGUCUGCGACAGAAGCCUCCUCGUGCAGCUAUCGUCUACUACUUUCUUCGCCGGUAAACUCGUCGGUGCUCUGGUCAUCGGCGUCUUGGCCGAUAUUUUCGGACGGAAGUGGACAUUGAUCGUAGCGAACCUACUGUUUAUGGCGUCGGCGAUCGUACAAUGUUUCGCUAACAGCUACAUCAUGUUCGCCGUUAUGCGCUUCUUUGUCGCUACAUUCGCAACGGGAGGAUAUCUGGCUGGUUUCACGCUGAUAUGUGAGUCCGUGGGUCCACAGGCACGGGCGUGGGUCACUCUGCAGGACGGAUGCUUUUGGGCCCUUGGCUUAAUGAUACUGCCACCCAUCGCCUAUCUUGUGCCCGACUGGAGAAUUAUACAGAUCAUCAUCACUGUACCGAUGAGCUUCAUGUUUAUCUAUUUUUGCUUAUUACCAGAAUCGAUGCACUGGCUUAUAGCAAACAAUCGGACCGAUGAAGCCAAGGCCAUUCUCACAAAAGCAGCAAAAAUGAACGGCACAGAAAUUUCAACUGCAGACUUGACGCCGAUUACGCACGACGAGGAUAAGGGACGGAAAUACAGUCUUAUAGACGUUUACAAAACCCCCGGGCUUAGAGUUCUGGGGACAAUUUUAUUCUUCAUUUGGACGGCUGAUAGCAUGGUAUACUAUGGUCUUACUCUUGGCCUGCAGAACCAAUCCGGCAAUAUCUACAUAAACGGCUUCUUGACCGGAGUCGUUGAAAUACCAGCUAUUCUGAUCGCUAUUCUGGCCGCUGGAAGGUUUGGACGGAUAAAAUCGCUGUCGUUCUUCCACGUCUGCUCCGGAAUAGCGAUGAUCGUACUCUACUUCACUCCACUGAAAACAGCUGCGGGAACAGAUUUGGGUUGGCUCAAGCAAACGCUCGUCCUCACUGGAAAAUGUAUGAUAUUUGCGGCCUUCCGUGUGCUGUAUAUCUACACUGCAGAGUUGUAUCCGACAGUCGUAAGGAACACGGGGCUGGGCAUGUCAUCCAGCGCUGCCCGUAUAGGUGGCAUGAUUGCACCAAUGACUAUUGCGCUGCAACGCCAUUACCCGUGGGUACAGCCAGUUCUCUUCGGGGGCAUAGCGUUUGUGUGCGCCAUUGUGAGCCUCUUCUUCCCCGAGUCGAAAGACAAGGGCCUGUCGGAGACAUUGGAGGAAUGGGCUGACUGGAAGGCCGGCAGGCUAUCAGUUGGCAACGGCGGUGACGGGGGAACAAAAGAGCUCGGCGAAGAAAUGAAACAGAUGGUUUCCUAAUGCCAGCUUGUCUGGGCGAAUCUUAUCACGGAAACUUACGCAAAUCUUAUGUGAUUUGCUCGGUAGCGUUUCCAAUAUUAGUGCCAGUAUCUGUCGGCUUAUUUACAUUGGGUAUGAAAUCAAGAGCGUAUAAAGAAAGCAUACUUUUUUAAACGCUCUUAAAGGCUUUUUUAUACCAAACCAUUAAGAGCCUUCUUUAUACGCUAUUGAUGAAAUGCAUUGAAAAUGAUUUAUAUACAAUAUAUGUAGGGGAAAGUGGUGCAAAAUGGCCCCUUUGGGUAAUAUGGCUCCCUACCUCUUGAAUAUCCCCUUGAAUGUCCCUUGAAUAUCCCUUGAAUAUCCCUUGAAUAUCCUUUAAAUAUCCUACCCCUUGAAUAUCCUACCCCUUGAAUAUCCUACCCUUGAAUAUCCUACCCUUGAAUAUCCUAGCCUACCCUUGAAUAUCCUACCCUUGCCCCCUUGAAUAGCCUACCCUUGAAUAUCCUCCUAUCCUACCCUUGAAUAUCCUACCCUUGA